CCUUGUCUCCUCUUCCCACACUCAUACAGUCUUUUCUUCUCAUAACAUUGAGCCUGAUGACCUCAAUGCAAUGUUCCAAGACCUCUCAAAGUAUAUCAUCAAGGAUGGAGACUACCCUGCUGCUCGUGGCGGGUUCGGGGAAAUCUGGAAAUGCACCUGCCACAUUGAUCCUAGCCGCCCCAUCAAAGUCGCCGUGAAAUCAUUGCAGGUGUACAUCGAUGAUCGACUGGGACCAGCCAAGACAAAAAAGAUCCAGAGGAUCAUGCGUGAAUUCAGGAUAUGUGCCAACCUCAAUCAUCCAAAUAUUCUACGCAUUUAUGGUUAUACGCAUGGCUUCGGCCCAUUUCCAGCAAUAGUCAGUCUUUGGGCGGAGAACGGCAACUUGUCAGUCUAUUUGGAGCUUCAAGGUGCGACUCUGACUCUCCUAACGGAUAUCAUAGCUGGUCUGCGAUAUCUCCACGCCAACAAUGUCAUCCAUGGUGACUUUAACGGGCCUAACGUGUUGAUCCAUGGUGAUGGCACUGCGUGUAUUGCUGACUUUGGCCUUUCCUUGAUGUACUCCGAGUUCAUAAGCGCCUCCCAGGCAUCCUGGACGUCCACAAUCAAAGGAAACACGCGAUGGAUGGCUCCUGAGCUACUCGUAGAGCGGGAGGAUGGUUCUCAGGCUCGGCCAAGCGAGCAGAGCGACAUGUAUUCAUUUGGCGGUAUCAUGCUGCAGGUCCUCACCAACAAAGCACCCUAUUAUCACCUCACGAACGAUGCCGCUAUCAUACUCUGCAUAGCCAAGUCGCAAACACCCUCUCGAUCUCGUUAUCCUGAGCUUCCUGAGCAAUAUUGGUCGUUCAUCGAGCAAUGUUGGUCUGCUAAUCCUUGGGGCCGUCCCUCGGCGGCAGGAGCUGACACGACGAUCAGGAAUGAAUUUGCUUUGCUAUCCGGAUCUCAGUGA